AUGAAGGUCACUCCCGAGCUGGCGAGACGAGAGCGUCCUGCUCGGGCGGCUGCCCCUAAACAGUCUAUGAUGGAACACGAUUCGGAGGAUGAGGAUCCGCCCAUUGAGCCUUCAGGCUCAUCUUCAGUGAAAGGCACCCGCAGUGAGAAUACGGCCUCCAUCUCUGAGAAUAGCCCUGCCUCUAUCACGCUCAUCUCUGGGAUUAGUGAUUGCGCAAUGGCGACACUCAACCAACCCUCUUCUCCUAAGAAGAGAAGCAUGGCCGAAACCAAGAACGACUCUCCUACCAAGAAGCCACGCAAGAUAGUGAUUAAGAGUAACAAGCUGGCCGGCUAUACAGUCACUCCGGCACCUUCGCAAGCGGAGAUCUCACCGCAGCCAGACUCUGACAUCAUCCCCGCGCUACAGACUAUCACCAAGUGCACUGAAACACUGCAAAGUCGUAUAGCAAAGGACGCAACAGAGCUUGCCGAGGCCAAAAAGAAGAUUGCGUCACUUGAGCGAAUGUUGGAGGCCAAGGCGGGUGGAGAUGACCUCACCAACAUUGCAGAUGCCGACCUGGACCUGCGCAAAGAAAACCACCAACUCAAGAUCCGCGUUUCAGAGCUUAAGCAUCAUGUUGCUGCUUUGCAGCAGAGACCAGCUAUCCCUGACUUCAAGGUGAUGGAUGAGGAUGUCGAAACCUGCUGGCAAGAAAUCGGGUUUGACAUUCGUAACUUCGUUGCCCAAGUACUUACCAACAAGCCGCAUGGAGUGAAGACACCUUUCGGGGCGAUUCACAAAGAUGUCGAAUCCUUCAAGAAACAUCAAAAGAAGGAUAUCAGCACAGCCCCUUACCACUUCCAGAGCUAUAUCUGGGAGCGCCUUGUCGAGGACGUCUUCCAGGCUGGAAAGCCUACCUGGGGAGGUGAUGCAGGCAACGCUUUCCAUCGCUAUUGUUUGAACGUCUCUGAGAUCGACUGCGAAGGCAUGGAGCAGCUCAGUCUCUUCAAAGCCAUCCAAGCCGAUUCACUGUCCGGGUCUUUCAAUGACCACAACCGGGAACAUGCGACGGGCAUCGCUCAGGGGAUGGCACUAACCUUGGAUAUCUUUAUGGAUCCCAAUAAAGACAAAGUUAAUGCAAAGAAAUCUCUGAUGAGCAUUGUUAAGAAAGCAAUGAUGCUUAACGCUAGGUUCUUGCGAUCCAGGGCAUUCUUCCUUACCAACUGGAUCGUAGAAGACUUCGAGGAGGAGGAUCUCGACAUUCGUUACCGCGCAGGGAAGCAAGGCGGGGAGAUGAAGUUGGACAUCCAGAUCUCGCCCCGACUUAGGAAGAUUGGAAACGCUGACGGACGACGUUUCGACCAGGCCAUGGAGAUCUGCAAGCCCAUGGUGACAGUUAUCUACCGAUAA